GGUGAAGUCCCCAACACUGAUAAAGACGGUUGUGAUGAGUGUGCAGUGGGGAUGUAUAGAGGGUCCGGGGAUGCUGAGUGUGUAGUGUGUGCAGGAGGGUACCAUACUAAUAGCUUAACAGGGCAGAAUGAGUGCAUCAUGUGUUCUAAGGGACAAAAGACAGAAACAAUCCCUUCCCAGACGGGUAUACAGUGUGUAGACUGUCUGCCCGGGUCUUACAGCGCCGCGGACGGGACUGCCACGUGCUCAACAUGUGAUAGUCCCAAGGUAACCUUGACAGGGAAGCAGCACGAAUGUGUGCUCUGUGACCUAGGGACGGUGUACUCGGACUCCAAAACCUGCAAGACUUGUCCGGUAGGAGAGUAUAAUGAGGAUCAAGAUAAAGAUGACGGAGUCUGUCAGCCGUGUGAGAGUCCGUUAGUCACGUUAACGGAGAAGCAGAGCGAGUGUGUGCUGUGUGAGAAGGGAGAGGGGUGGGACACACCCAGCACGUGCAGAGUCUGUGUAGCUGGGGAGUACAGUGACGAGGGGCUCUGUAAAUCCUGCCCUCACAACCACGUCUCUACUACAGAUGGUUUGACAGAGUGUACGCUGUGUCCGAAUGGGGAUCACUCUGAUGAGAAAGCUACAGUUUGUUUACCGUGUGAAGAAGAGGGGACGAUGAAGGAGGCGGGGGUCAACGAGCUACAAUGGCAGAAGUGUGUCGCUGAUGAAGGAGUAGCGUGCACGAAACAGGAUGUGGACAGUGUGUACGGAUUGUUCCAGGACGUUAGCUUUAUGAGAGCUGGAAAGAGCGAGGAGAAGGAUUGUCUCUACGACCAAGCUGAUCCUACGACGAACCUGAAACCUAAAGCUAAGUUCUCCUGUGAGCUGAUAUCUGAGACGGAUGCUGCUAUAAAACCCACCUACAACUGCAUCAAGACACCUAAUACUGCCAAGAUUGAGGCACUAACUGAGGAGAUAACAGCUGAAAAUACAGACGACGCCUCCAGUCAACUGAACGACUUUGCCAGCGAGGGAGCCGCUGGGAUCGGGGACAUUGCAGCUGCUGCGGACGUUCUGGAGAAGAUAGCACAAUCUGCUACUGAGGUGAGUGAGGCAGCAACAGAAAACAUAGUGUCAGCAGUAAGUUCGAUGGCAGCUGGAGAUCUGGUUACCGACGACAUUGCUCAAAAACAAGAAAUAUCCAAAAAGAUGGUUGCUAACAUAAAAGAGAUAGCUAAGCGGACAGCAGUAGCUAACAAGCUGAUAAAGUCAGUUAACGUAGCGAUAAUGAAAGUGCAGAACGAGGACGGAGCUGAGAAUAAAGAUAUUUCCUUCUUCCUGCCGGACGCUAAGGAUCUGACCCAGCUGGGACAACCUGGUGAUGGAGGCGAGGAGGGGGGUAAACCAAGACAGCCCUCUAUUGCGAUCGGUUCCGCGACGGGGAUAAAAGAAAUGUCAGUGGUUCUAAUCUCUGGGGACGCUUUCUUCCCCACUAAAAGUACCGGCCCACUACCAGUCGGGAACUCUACCAGUGAAGUUAGGGACACGUUGUGGAGCGAUCUUAAAGGCGAGUUCGACCCUGCAGAGGGGGCCGAGGCUGCAGAGAGCUUGAAGUUUGUAAACUCUGUGGUUCUGGAGAUAGACGUAGGGGAGCAGGAGGCCGGCUUCGUGCUCAACCUCUACAUCAAGCCCAACUUCCAGAUUGGAGACACAGCUAACAAUAUGAAGAAGAUGGGGAAUAGGAGAGUUCAAAUAAAGUACAUAUGUGCUUGGUACGACAACAAGGCUGCAACGGCGGAGUGGAAGACAGAUGGAUGUGAGACUAUAUACGAUAGCAGUGCAGUAGAGGCCGGCGUAGUGUGCUCCUGUUCUCAUAACACAAGCUUUGCUGUCCUCAUGGCUGCGGAAGAGAUAGACCCAGGAUAUUUAGAGGUGCAGUCCCUGAUGUCACAGAUUCUCCUAGGAGGGUCCGUCCUGGGCCUCAUAGCAACUAUUGGUCUCAUUUUACCAGCUUCAGCGAUAGUGACUACCCGCUCAGCUAAAGUUAACAUCUGCUUCUCUAUAGCUCUGUUAUUAGCCUCUCUUCUCUUCCUCCUUCAAGACGUCUUCAUUAAGGCAGAUAACUCUGGUCUCAUACAACUGAAGAGUAUAGGUUGCGCAGUGUACACGAUGCUACAACACUACAUGUGGCUAGUAGUCUUCAUGUGGACUAUGAUUGAAGGAUUCCUCAUGUACCUCUCUCUGGUACAAGUAUUCGGAUCUCACAUCUCCAACUACAUGCUCAAAUUCAACCUUGUAGCGUACGGAGUACCAAUAGUGUUUCCAUUAGCCGGCUACUUCGCUUUCACCAAGAAGAUCACCGUGGGAGGUGUGGAGGUAGUUGAUCACCAGUACAUGGCUGAGACAAUGUGUUUCCUUAAGCCAGGGACAAUAAACUUCUACGCGCUCUUCUUCGGCCCUCUUAUCCUUGCAAUCAUAGUGAACCUCGUCUUCUUCGGGCUCGUCCUCAAAGUCAUCAGAAACUCAAAGAACGCCAAUCUCAGUGAUAAAGAACAAUUAAUGAGACAGAUGAAGGCAGCAGUGGGAGUGAUGGUGCUGCUGGGUACAGGGUGGGUAUUAGGAGUUUUCAUGAACAUUCCCGCUCCCGGUCUGCAGAUCACACUUCAGUAUCUCUUCAUCGUAUUCAACGCUUCUCAGGGGAUAUUCGUAUUCGUAUUCUACGUCCUCCUUAACGACGGAGUAAAGAGUUUCUGGCUAGAGAAGUUAGGAAUGAACACAGCUGCUGCUCCCAAAUCAGGCGGUGGAGCGAGCACUGCAACUAAUGUAUACGCUAACGCUUCAACCAGCAAACAGGAAGCAGACCACACUUACUCUAACGCGGCAGAGUUUCCCGCCAAGAAGGACGAUAACGCUAAUCUUUAAAGACUGAAUACUUUUUAGUUGAUUUAUAUUAAAUUAAACAGACUUUAAUAAACAAUAGGACAAUAGCUUUGCUAUUCUGAUCGAAUAGUCCGCAAGGAAAUGUUUUUAAAUCAGUUAUUUUUAUUAAGUUAUUGAAGAAAGCAAAUUAUUAACUUAAUUAAGUUAUUGAAGGAAGCAAAUUAUUAACUUAGCUUAUCGAAAGAGUUAAUAGUUUAAAUAACCAUUUUUAUAGUAUCGAACCUUCAUAAAGGUUAAUACGAUUUUAUUUUUAAUUCAUGUGUUUUUAGUGUUUAGUUAUAAUUUAAUCUUUAUGUUCGUCAAUAAUAAUUUGACGACUAUUUUCAAUUAUAUUUCAUGACGCAUUAUGACAAUGAUAUAUUUGAAUGAUAUGAUAUAUUUGAAUAUUCUGGGUUUAA